AUGACAGGGGUACUUGCAAACAACUCAGGGCAAUCUACACCCCAGGCGGAUGCCGCGGUUGAAAAGAAUGGAGCCCAAGUUGAGUUCAACGAACAAACUAAUUAUGUGCCUAAGCGCACAAUCAUCACGAUCUUCCUGGCAUGUUCCACGGUCGAUUUACUGGCUUUGAUGGACCAGACAACUCUGGCGGCCAGUUUAUCCAUCAUUGGGAAUGCAUUAGGGGCCAGUGAUCAAACUUCGUGGAUAUCCGGCGGUUAUUUCGUAACAUCAACAUGUUUCCAGUUACUAUAUGGCAAACUUUCUGACAUCUGGUCUCGAAAGCUGGUCCUCUUUGUCGGUCUGGCCAUUUUCUUUUUCGGAUCAUUGGCAGCCUCCCUUGCUCAGACUGCCACCCAAUUGAUUGUCUUCCGUGCUUUCACUGGUGUAGGCGGCGGUGGUCUUAUGACCGUAGCACAGAUGAUUGUUAGUGAUGUUGUCCCGCUUCGUGAACGAGGCAAAUAUCAAGGUAUCCUAGGUGCCGUGGUUGCUAUUGCCAACGGCAUAGGCCCUGUCAUCGGCGGUGCACUAGCCUCGAUAUCGGAAGACUCUUGGCGAUGGAUUUUCCGUCUCAAUCUGCCCUUGACAGCUCUGACCACUCUGGCGGUUUUGUUUUUCAUGCCUCUUCGCAAGGUUACUGGUGACUGGAAAGCCAAACUGAUGGCGAUCGAUUUCUUCGGUGCGCUUUUAGCUCUAGGGGGAACCUCAGUCCUGCUGCUUGGUUUGACUUGGGGUGGUGGUGAAUACUCGUGGGACUCAGCGCACGUUAUUGCAACAUUAGUUGUUGGUUUCGCUAUCUCUGUUGCUUUUGUUGCGUGGCAGUGGAAGGGAACGUCAACGCCGCUCGUCCCAAUGCAUAUUUUCAAGGGCAAGAUUGUAAAUGGCGCCUGCUUGACUAUGUUUAUCAACGGGUGGAACUUUUUGGUUCAAGUCUACUAUAUUCCCACCUUCUAUCAGUUGGUGUUUGGAUAUUCAACGGUGAAGGCUGCGGCAAUGCUGCUACCUAUCACACUCAUGCAGACUGUCAGCAGUACCUGUUCUGGUCUCGUUGUACACUGGGUCGGCCGCUACCGAGAAUGUAUCCUCUUUGGAUGGGUGAUCUGGGCCGCUGGACUUGGGCUAUUCUCGACGCUUGAUCAGACCUCGGGACUAGGAAAGCAGAUUGGAUAUGGUAUACUCACAGGUGUUGGAGUUGGAAAUACUCUGCAACCUGCUCUUAUUGCCGUUCAGGCUGGCGUUGAAAGGCGAGACAUGGCUGUAGUCACCUCUUUCAGGAACUUUGUACGCAAUCUUGGUGGUACACUUGGCCUUGCCAUAGCUGGAACUAUCAUCAACAACAUUGUCUCGUCGUCCAUUUCGGUCCUUGAUCUCGACGACAGUCAGUCCCGGUCCCUCCUAUCCAGCCCACAGAACUAUCUUUCGAAGCUGUCUGCAGAGGAUGCACAGCAUGUGCGUGACGUCCUGACACCAGCAUAUCAAAAAGGCUUUCGCAUUAUCUUCAUCAUUGGUGCAUCACUUGCAGCUUUUGCCUUCCUCUUGUCCGUCUGGCUAAUGCCGCAGCUUGCUUUGAAGAGGGCAGAUGAUGAGAAACUGAAAGAGGAAGCGAAGAAGAGAAUAGAAGGGGAACUGGAUGAAGAGAAGAGAUAG